AUGUCCAGUGAUGAUGCGUGGCUUGACUCUAAUGUGACUAGCUUUCAUGUUUCCUCGUCGCGUUUUUCAUGCCGCCCUGACCUGGAUUUUCCAAAACCAUGUCACCUUCUUAGAAAUCAUGUCGUAAAUCUCCAAUAUAUAUUCAACGAUGUCCCCUUUGUCACCAACCGAAUUGCUGCCAUUGCAGUUUUGCACAUUCGAAGACUGGAACUAGAAGAAUCUCUUACAAAUGGGCAUGGAAGGGUUGUUAAUGUGAAAGGCGGCCCUGAGCCUAUGGACUACAUUGUUGAUCAGAAUGAAUUUAUUGUUGAGACAAUUGCUACACAUACUGAGUACUUGAAAACUACGGCCUCCAGUGAAUCAUCUCUGACUUGCCCAAUUUUGAUAGAAAAGACAAAUGGCAAAGAUAUCCGUAUGAAGGAAGCAAAUACGAAACGAGAUUAUCGAAGCAGCUGGAUGUUUACAUUCGAAGAACGCAGAGAUGGGUUAACCAGUCGUACAUGCAUCUUAACCGAAGAGCAUAAAGCAAUUGUUAUCAACUUCAUUGAUGCUGGUCUCUCUGCUACUGUUGUUGAAGUGACCGAGCAUUUAUUGAAACAAUUUUAUAAUCUUAAAGUCUCAUGCAACACUGUUUAUAACUUUAUGAGAAGAGAAUGUAAUCUUUCAUUGAAAAAAAGCAGAUUUUCAUUCUAUCGAGAGAAACAGUCCAGCGAAGAUUGA